AUGAUGUCAUAAUUGACAUGUUCUGAGGAACUGCCCUCUGAGCCUGUCCUGUUGCCUAAGGGACUGAGACAGACUCAGAAUGAGCAUGAUGGCAUUGAAGAAGUAAGCUAAGAUAGGAAGAGAGUGAGAUUUAGACUAGGAGCUCCUAACAACCCGGUCGAGCCUAGCUGCUCGGGGGAGGAUGUUGAAUUGAAAUUAUAUCUCAAAGCUUCCUUCAAAAGAUAAUCAAAAUUGAGUGAAUUUUAUGGUAAAAACUCUUAGGCUUCGUGA